ACAGUUAUAUAUCAAAUUAAUUCAAACGAUUCCAACCGUCAAAAUCUCAAAAUCAUUAGUUUGUUUUUACUAAAAGCUGUUUAAACGCAAAUUAAAUUGCGAUAAUUUAAGCAGUAAAUAAAAUACCAAACUUAAAGAAAAUCGCGUUGUUGGCCACCAAACAUUUGUAAAAUCCCAUCAAAAUAAUGUCACAUCAUCAAUUAUACCAUUAAAAGUAUUAUUAUGGCAAAAAAAACACCGCCAAAGACCGAUACUUUAUCAUCACAGGUAUUGGAAUACUUUCGAAAAUAUUCGGGUGAUCAAAAUUUAUCGAGUUAUCUCCGUGGAGUUCUUCCCCAACAACAACAAGAAAGUGAGGUUAGGAACACUUAUGAAGAAAAUAAACCUGAUGAUUUCAUCGUUGGGAGUCAAAACAACUCGAAAAUCGAUCAAACAAUUGAAAGAGAAGGUAAUAUUUCACCUACAAGUAGUUUAACAUCAAACAGAAAAUUAGAAUGGGAUAAUGGAGCUGAUAUUGGGUAUGAAAACAGCAACAAAAUUAAUUUGCAUAAGAGUUUUUCAUUACCAACACUUUUAACCACAUUGGAGACGACUGAAAAUCCUUUAAAACUUCCUCUUCUUGAAUGUAAAAGAGACGCAUCACCCAAGAUUUAUUUCUCAAGUACGGAAUCAAGUGAUAAAUCAAUAAAACCAUCUAGUUCUUCAAGUUAUUAUAGAUCUGACGAACAAGAACAUAAAUGUGAUACAACAACAUCUUCAUCCUUCGCUUUUAAACCUUGGCCAAGUGAAAGAGACAAAAGAGUUGGUAGUCCGAUGGCUCAAUCAACACCAAAUAUAGACCGUCCAGGUUAUAAACGAGUUUAUUCUUCCGAUUCACCAUCAACAGUUGUUUCAAAUGUUACAAAAAGUGAUGAUAAUAAUGGUCUUAAGACGACUGUUACCGAAUUAAAAUGUGUCGCAAAAUUUAAAAAGAGUAAAAUCAUUCAAUUAGCUCUUACAAAACCCAUUGCGAUCGAUUGUAUUAAUUAUAAAUUGUGUAAUGAUAAAGAUAUUCAAACUAAUGGGUGCGUUAAAUCGGAAUCAAUCGGGAUUCAAACUGAACCAUUUCAGGAAAUUAUUAACAAUAAGGAAGAUUUUUCUAAAAAAUUAGAACAUAUUGAAGAAUUAGUUGAUAAACCGGAAAAGCAAGUUGUUGAAUAUGUUAAAUAUGAUGGUAAUUCAAGUGAAUGUCAUAGUUCUAAGUCAAUUGGAACAAAUACGAUUUCUGAUUUAGUAUCGAAUUGUAAUAGUUUUGAGUUUUUGUGUCCAGAUGAUAUCCAAAGAGUAAAUAAGAAUUUAGAGGAAAAUGAUUUAAUGGAUGAUGAAAUGGGUGGAACAGAUAAAACGUGUUUCAAGGAGAAUUUAAAAGACAAAAAUUCAAAUCAAAAUUCCGAAAAAAGUUUAAGUACUCCUUUGGGUGAUAUGAUUUCUUGUAAUCUCUCUGGAGGACGAAAUGUGGACAAUGAAAAAAGUUUAACACUUUUAAAACGAUUAUUAAAAUCGAAACGGUAUGAUAAAAUUACUAAAGAAUAUUUUAUUAAAAAAAUUAUUGAGAAAAUGGUUAAACUAAAUUCGAGUAGCAGCGAAAGUUCUUUGUUAAACAAUCAAAACGAUUCAAAUAAAUCGGAUGCUCAUAAAAACAAUGAAAAUUCUUCAAGUUCUAAAGAAGUUUCAGAAAAGUUAUUAGAACCAUCUUUAAAUACACGAUUACAUGAAAAUGUACUGUGGGUUCAGGGAGCUUUUAACAAAAAUGUGACAUCAAAAAAAUUAGAAAUUAAAACGUUCUCAUCUGACAUUUUCCCAGAAAAUAAUCAGAUAAAAAGAAAAGUUAAAGAUCCUCGAUUUACUUUAACGAAUAGUGUUUUAAAUCAACCACAAACUAAUUCAUCGUCCGAUAAUAACCAAAAAAAUUGGAAAGAAAAUUUGACUCAACCUGAGAAGCUUUUAUUUGAAUUAAAUUCAAAAGGUGAUGGUGAUAAAACGAAUAAAACAGAUAGUAACACCGAUAGUUUAGUGAAAUUUGCUAAAAAAGAGCGUGAAAAUCAACUAAAUUGGAUUAAUAAUGAGAUUUCUCAUUUAAAUAAAUUAAAGGAAUUAUUGCAAAAGAAUUAUUAUGAAAGAAGCUUAAAAAAGGAAGAAAAAGUUAGCAAUAAAAAUGAUAACGAUUUAAAAAAUGAUGAUUUUAAGAAUGAGAGCCCUAACCUAGAAAUUGAAAUUUUAACGAAACCUCAUAUUGAAGAUAUGAAAAAAAUAAAAAAUUCAGCUGCUGUUUAUAUGAUAACAACAGAUAAAUCACGUCAUCAUAAAGAUAAACAAAGAAAAGAUUCGAAUUCACGAAAAAAUAGUGACGUUAGAGAAGCAAAAAUGGUUUCAAGUGAAGUUUACAAAUCGGAUAAACCAUUUACUUGUAUAAGAAGAUACAUUUUUGAAAUUCCAGUUGAGUGUGAAUGCGAUUGCGAUAAAUAUCCUUGUGCUCAUAUUAAUGCCACAUGUACUCAAGAUGUUUGCGGUUGCUCCGAAACAGAAGUUGGUGUUCAACCUGAGCGUGUUAUAAUAAAAGAAACCUAUUUAAGUCCUUCACGUUUAAAUAUAUCUCAAAAUCGAUCACGAUUAAUUCCAGGUGUUAAAGAGAAAAGUAAAAAUGUCAAUGAUUAUGAUUAUUAUUUAGAUCCACCUGAGGAAUUUCGUGAUAAAAAUACGCAAAGAUCAGUUACACCACCAAGGUAUGAUGAAGCAUAUGAUAAAUCGACUAUGCCUAAACGAGGGUAUGAGUAUGCCUCAAAAUAUAGUGGCCAAACUCGCGAUAAUAACCAACAAAUUCCACUUAAAGAGGAUUCAUUUGAUAAAGCUUCAAUGACGCAACAAUGUUCAUGUGAUAGAGGUGUUCAAUGUUGUUGUACCACAACAAGAGUUGCGUCUCCUCAAACAGAUAUUGUACAAACUAGAAGUAUUGGCCAAGAUUGUAGAUGUAAAAGUAAAGAUUGUUUAUUUGAUAAAGGUGUUCAAUGUUUAUGUCAAAAGAUGGUUGCAUCACCACAAACAAGCCUUGCACAAACAAUAAGUAGAAGUAUUGAACCUGAUACGAUUUUCGAAAAACCUAAAGAUAAAAGUGAUUUUUCUUUUGGAACUAACACAGAUGAUAGAUAUAGAAGGCAAUCUGUUGAUUUUUCUUCAACAGCUAAAAAUAAAUCACCAAAUAGAUCUAUUCCAACAUACUCAAAAUCCACUCCAGAAUAUCAAACCGAUUAUAAACAAUAUGCUAGUGAACCACAAAAAAGAAACUACCAACGAAAUCAAAAGAGAAAUGUAAGAACACCAAGUUCAUCAUCAUCAUCAAGUUCUCAAACAAUUUUAAUAAAAAUAUGUCCAUGUUGCAAACAAAAAACGACACCUGUUAAUAAAGCGAUCAAUAAAUACAGAACAGUUCUUCAAGGACUUCCAGAUGAAAUUAAUGAAUCUUUAUGUCAACCAUGUCACCUAAAUACUAAAUUAACUGUAGAUCCUACCACAGGAGAAUACAAAAUGGCUCCAGGACAUAUUUGUAACUGUUAUACCUUAAUGAGAACUCAAACGGUUAAUAAAAUAAAGCAAACUGUUAAAAAAUUAGAAGAACUUGAACAUGAAGCUACUGAGGAGAGUCGGUGUUCAUGUUCGAAAAAAAAAUGUAGGUGUAAAACGGUAGGUCGAUCUAAAAAAGGGAUUGCUUAUACAUUAACGUUGGAAGAUGAUGAAUACACCGAUCAAGAAUCUCCAAAAAAAAAGAGAUCGUUGGAUGAAAUUAAACUGAAAAUACCAGUUCGGAGAAAAAAAUCGAAACAUUCAAGACGUCAUAAAAAAAGGGAUAAAUCAUCUGAUCGUAGUCGGAUGACUCUGCAAGAUUACCUUUGUACUAAUCGGCCUGCUUUUAUACAAAAUGCAGAAGAUAGACGGAAAACAUUAAUCGAAUUGGCUUAUUUGAGAGAGGAAAGAUGUCAAAAGUAUAAACAAUUAUUGGCUAAAAUGAGAGGAGUUGUUCCUGAUGAAGAAGGAAAUAAAAAAACGAAAAAAGGUUUGUAUUCCAGUGUUGAAAUGAAAGAAAUUACUGCAAAGAAUUAUAAAAAAUUGCCGGAAGUUCAAAAUAAAUUAAAAGAACGACGUGAAAAUAAUAAUAAAAAAGCUAAUCGUCUCUUAGCUGAUAUGUUUAAUAAGAAAGUACAACAAAAUGCUCUUAAAGGUAAUGUUCAUCUAUCUACAACAUCAAGCGUCAUUAAGUUUAUAUGAAAUUAUUUUUUACUUUAUUAAAAAAAAACAAUUUGUUUUGUAUAGGUGAUGUUUAUACAUAAUGGAAUAAGUACAAUUGUUACCAAAUAUAAAGAUUAUUGUAUA